CUUGCCUCCUCCUACCGAUUCUCUACAGCACUUGGCCGCUCCGCAGCUCCUAGGCUCCUCUCGGUUUGGGGUUUUGCAACUGGCAGCUGGCUUUUUUCCCUCCUCCCCUGUCGAGGGCUCUCCGUCUUCUUUUAGGUUGCUCCACCCCGCCCAGGAUCAGGCGAGGGGGAACAAGCCCCGCCGCUGCCAACUGGCGCCCGGCGCAGCCGCGAACACCGGGAGUGGAGUCCGGGGUCUGAGCGCGCGCUGCCAGGCAUCUGCUUCUUCAGUGCCUCGGUUACCUAAGUCCUCCCAUCCUCACCCCUUCUCUACUUUUCCCCCCGUUUGCAAUCACAUGGCAUUUUAAGAAUGCUGGAAAGAUGGCGGUAGCGGCAGCGGCUGUGGCUGCGCCGGCUGGCGGUGGAGGCGCCCGGGCGCAGCGGAGCGGACUGCUGGAAGUUUUGGUGCGGGAUCGCUGGCAUAAAGUUCUGGUGAACUUGAGCGAGGACGCCCUGGUGUUGAGCUGCGAGGAGGGCGCUGCGGCGUACAACGGCGUAGGGACUGCCACCAAUGGUUCGUUCUGCAGGGGCUCCGGGACCGGGCACCCGGGCACCGGUGUAGCUCAAGCCCCGGACUCUCCCGCCGGGGUCCGCACCGCCUUCACCGACCUCCCGGAGCAGGUGCCUGAAUCCAUCUCAAACCAGAAGAGGGGCGUGAAGGUGCUGAAGCAGGAGCUGGGCGGGCUGGGCAUUAGCAUCAAAGGGGGCAAGGAAAACAAGAUGCCCAUACUCAUCAGCAAGAUCUUCAAGGGGCUGGCAGCGGAUCAGACCCAAGCCCUGUAUGUGGGCGAUGCCAUCCUGUCGGUGAACGGAGCAGACCUGCGGGACGCCACCCACGACGAGGCAGUGCAGGCGUUGAAGCGAGCAGGCAAGGAAGUGCUGCUGGAAGUGAAGUAUAUGAGAGAAGCCACACCUUACGUGAAGAAAGGGUCCCCGGUGUCUGAGAUUGGAUGGGAAACGCCUCCACCUGAGUCCCCAAGAUUAGGGGGUGGCUCUGCAGAUCCUCUGUCAUCCCAGUCCUUCUCCUUCCAUAGAGACCGGAAAAGCAUCCCCCUCAAGAUGUGUUAUGUCACCCGGAACAUGACCUUGGCUGACCCUGAAAACAGGCAGCUAGAAAUUCACUCGCCAGAUGCUAAGCACACAGUGAUUCUGAGAAGUAAGGACUCUGCCACUGCCCAAGCCUGGUUCAGCGCCAUUCAUUCCAACACUGGUGACUUGCUGACCCGUGUGGUUGCUGAUAUCAGGGAGCAGCUGGGGAAGACAGGCAUUGCUGGCAGUCGUGAGAUCAGGCAUCUUGGCUGGCUUGCAGAAAAGGUGCCUGGAGAGAGUGAGAAACAGUGGAAACCAGCCCUAGUUGUUCUGACUGAGAAAGAUCUUUUGAUCUACGACAGCAUGCCACGGAGGAAAGAGGCCUGGUUCAGCCCAGUGCAUUCGUAUCCACUUCUUGCUACCAGGCUAGUCCAUUCAGGUCCAGGAAAAGGAUCACCCCAGGCUGGGAUGGAUCUGUCCUUUGCAACACGAACUGGCACCAAGCAAGGGAUUGAAACACAUCUCUUCAGGGCAGAGAUCAGCAGGGACCUCUCCCACUGGACAAGAAGCAUAGUACAGGGGUGCCACAAUUCAGCGGAGCUCACUGCCGAAAUCACCACAGCCUGCACCUACAGAAACCAGGAAUGCCGCUUGACCAUACAUUAUGACAAUGGAUUUUCUAUUUCCACUGAGCCUCAGGAUGGUGCCUUCCCCAAGACAAUCAUACAGUCCCCUUAUGAGAAGCUCAAAAUGUCUUCGGAUGACGGAAUCAGGAUGCUCUAUUUAGACUUUGGAGGCAAAGAAGGAGAGAUUCAACUGGACCUUCACUCCUGCCCCAAGCCGAUCGUUUUCAUCAUUCACUCCUUUCUGUCUGCUAAGAUAACACGACUGGGCUUGGUGGCCUGAACAGAGAGGCGACUUGCCUUUGGAAAGGAAGCCGGCUGUGCCUCAGGACUGUGACAUCAGGCAGUGCACCAGAUGUAACAUGCACAGCCUUCAUUUAAGGAGUCACAUAUAACAUCCCAGGCUCCUCUAUUGGUUUCAGAAACUUCAAGGGACACCCUAAAGAAAACACCACAGGGAAGAUCAGAAUAGAAUUUCAUAGAUCAGAGCAAAGAGGUGAGGGCAGGUGAAUGUACACGUCGUAUCUUUUAAACAAUGACAACCAAGGACACAGCCAUUACAACAGCAUAGGGAGAUCUUAAUCACACCAGUUUCUAGGCAACUGGAUCACCCAGGUAAGCCAGAGCCGAGCAGAUGAGAAAUGGAUAGUUAUACCUAUUCCUCUGUCCCUAGUAAACAGCCCCUUGCUUCCUUGUGACUUAUUUCCUGAUUCAAGUUGAGCUAACUUUCAUUGGUAGGAACAACAGCAACAAUGCACACCUUUUUAAAAAAGAAUGAAGCAAUUGUUGCUUAAUUUCUUUAAUGAGUUAUUUUUUUGUUGUUGUUGCUGGUCCAGAGUGAUUCCAAAGUAUUCUCCUUAGCAUAUGUUGAACAGGAAUGAAAUAGAGCACUGGAUACUGACCUGAGUUCUAAACUGCCAGAAUAUGAAGCAAAGUGGACUGUUUCAAUUGCAAGACUAUCCUGAAGACUCUUACACACAAAUGAUGGGUAAUUCUGCAACUCCAUACCACACCCAUGGAUGCUGUCUCCCAGCCAAAACUUCUACCUGUACUUACAGAAAUCAAAUUGCAGGCAAUUUUUAAAAAGAUUGUCAUCACACACACAGAAACACAGAGACAUAACACACACACACGCAUACACACACACACACACACACAGACACACACACCAGUUGGGAGUUAAUUAUCUGCAUUUUACAGUUUUCAGUGGAAGUACCUUUCAGUGGUCCGUGUUUCUGCCUGUUCCCAUGCACAUGCCUUUUACGUCAUGGAAAGCAUCUCUCAGUUCUCGAUGAUGCUUAUUUUGCACAUUCAGAAAGAGAGAGGAUCAAAUCUACAGAUGGCAUCUAUAUUAAUUUUGAAAUUCCAGGGGAAUGAUACUUUUUUUUGAUACUGAUAUUUUUCUACAAGAGUAUGUUGAGGCAGUAUCUAGCCUAUAAAUACUUAAUGCUUUUCAUUUUUGCCUUUCAAGAUCCAGUCACUAAAAACUACACCCAUUAUUUGAUUUUUGGAGCUACUUUUCACGAGCCCUGAAAAUUAAGUCUAGAAUUUUGAAUUUUCAGUACGUGUUUUCCAUGGAGUUUUACACUAGCCCAUGCCCUGUGUUCUGCCAGCGCUGGAAGAGGCAUCGUUUAGCAGAUGCCUAUGCAAAGCGAAACUGCCUAAAGGCCCAGGAUUUGGCUUCCUCAGCUCUGUGUGUUUAUAGAGUUACAGUUGUACUUAGUUUAAAGCAUCAUCUCCCCAGAGAGUUCCCUUACAAUAGCAUUUCCAAGGGACACUGAACAGUGUUUUCAGAUGGAGGGGCGUUGGUAAUUUAGGAGCUUGUUGAUAAAAAUAUUCGCAAGAUAGCAACUUAAGAUAAUUUACAGGCCCUUGUUGGGGCCUCCUCAAGAAUUCUGGUCUUCAGGAAUCUUAGUCUUGAAUGUGGGGGUGAGGGUUCUAUGCCUUGCACUUCUUUGUAAUGGCGGCAUCUGUGAAGCUAGUGGUUUUUGUAGAUGAUGCUCGAGGACAUCUCACCACAGGACAUUGACUUUUGGUUGGUUUCCUAUUUUAAAAUGUUGAAGAGUGGAGGCCAGCUUCAAACCUGUAGGAAAGUGUUGAUGCAUUUGUAAAUUGUAUUGUACCCUUUCACACUAUAUAUUUUCAGAGAUCACUGGAAUGUUGUUAUACAAGAGAAUUAUACUUAUGUAUUGUAAAUAACAUAAUACAUAUAUUAAUUCCAAUAGUUUCAUUCAACAAUGUGUAAUCUAAGGUGCUCGGUACUACAUGAAGUUUGAGUUAAUUACUCAAGUUGCAAAGAUUCUAUUAUAUAUUUAUAGACAAAUUAAAUUGACCAUAGUCACAGAUACUGUUUCUUUAUCGCUUAUGUUUUAGCCUGAUCGAUAUCUGGAUAAGAGUCAACAUAAACUGUCUUUUCCAUUUUUAAAAUUUUAAUUUAAAUAUUUAUAUUUUAGGAAAAGUAUAUUUGAAUAAAAUCGAUGCAUUUUCUGAAGUAAAUUGAAAGGUGUUAUUAGCAAGAAAUAGAAAGAUUUUACUAAGAGAGUUAUGUAUAUGAAUGAUUUUUUUCCUCCUAAUUAAAGUAUAUCAUAUCAGAGCGGCUAUGAUGAGUCAAUUUCAAAUAUUUACUGUUGUUUCUCAGCUUGGAUUUUUAAACAUCAUUUUAAAUAAUGACUUUAGAGUGUAUUUUUUUUUUAUUUUGUCUUAGGCGUUAGUGGAUGAUACAAACUAAGUCAGGUUCAUGUCUUGGUCAGUGCAUCCUCAACUUAGUCAUUUGGGAGAAAUUGUUUGUUUGGCUUUUUUUUUUUUUCUGAUUUGCUUUGUUCUUAUUUCUGUGAAGAUGGAACCCAUAAUACUUGUUCCUAAAUGAAAACCAGGACAGAUGAACUAUCUUUACUUGGUAGAUUCUUCCUUGGUUGCCAGAGCCUGGAUUCAUUAGUCUGGUAAUUUGCCCAUGCUUCUCAUCUAUGGCCAUUUCAAGAAGGCAAGAGGGAUAGAGAUUAUGUCAUCUUUUUCUAACAUAAGCUAAAUAAUACAAAAUCAAACUAUAUAAUUAUUAUGAACUACCCAGACCAAGGUAUUUAAUGAAUGGCAUCAAUGAAGUAUGGAAAUGAUUUUUGGGUGUAUCUUGAGUGUUUUUUUUUCUAAAUCUGCCUGUGUUAUAGCCCCUAUGAACGUCAUGUACAAUUGAUAUAUAAACUGAAUAAAUAUUUGUCUCAGA